AUGCUCUGGGGCGUCCGGGGAGAGCAUCGCGACGCUCUGGGGCGUCCGGGGAGAGCAUCGCGACGCUCUGUGGCGUCCGAGGAGAGCAUUGCGACGCUCUGGGUCGGCUGGGGAGUGCAUCGCGACGCUCUGGGGCGUCCGGGGAGAGCAUGGCGACGCUCUGGGGCGUCCGGGGAGAGCAUCGCGAUGCUCUGGGGCGUCCGGGGAGAGCAUCGCGACGCUCUGGGGCGUCCGGGGAGAGCAUCGCGACGCUCUGGGGCGUCCGGGGAGAGCAUCGCGACGCUCUGGGGCAGCGGGGAGAGCAUCGCGACGCUCUGGGGCGUCCCGAGAGAGCAUCACGACGCUCUGGGGCGUCAGGGGAGAGCAUCGCGAUGCUCUGGGGCGUCCGAGGAGAGCAUCGCAAUGCUCUGGGGCGUCCGGGGAGAGCAUCGCGAUGCUCCAGGGCGGCUGGGGAGAGCAUUGGAUGCUCUGGGGCGUCCGGGGAGAGCAUCGCGAUGCUCUGGGGCGUCCGGGGAGAGCAUCGCGACGCUCUUGGGCGUCCGGGGAGAGCAUCACGACGCUCUGGGGCGUCCGGAGAGAGCAUUGCGACGCUCUGGGGCGGCUGGGGAGAGCAUCACAAUGCUCUUGGGCGUCCGCGGAGAGUAUCGCGACGCUCUGGGGCGUCCGGGGAGAGCAUCGCGACGCUCUGGGGCAUCCCGGGAGAGCAUCGCGACGCUCUGGGGCGUCCGGGGAGAGCAUCGCGACGCUCUGGGGCGUCCGGGGAGAGCAUCGCGACGCUCUGGGGCGGCGGGGAGAGCAUCGCGACGCUCUGGGGCGUCCGGGGAGAGCAUCACGACGCUCUGGGGUGUCCGGGGAGAGCAUCGCGAUGCUCCGGGGCGGCUGGGGAGAGCAUUGGAUGCUCUGGGGCGUCCGGGGAGAGCAUCACGAUGCUCUGGGGCGUCCGGGGAGAGCAUCGCGACACUCUGGGGCGUCCGGGGAGAGCAUCGCGACGCUCUGGGGCGUCCGGGGAGAGCAUUGCGACGCUCUGGGUCGGCGGCUGGGGAGAGCAUCGUGAUGCUCUGGGGCGUCCGAGGAGAGCAUCGCGACGCUCUGGGGCGUCCGAGGAGAGCAUCGCGACGCUCCGCGGCGGCUGGGGAGAGCAUUGGAUGCUCUGGGGCGUCCGGGGAGAGCAUCGCGACGCUCUGGGGCGUCCGAGGAGAGCAUCGCGACGCUCUGGGGCGUCCGGGGAGAGCAUCGCGACGCUCUGGGGCGUCCGGAGAGAGCAUAGCGACGCUCUGGGGCGUCCGGAGAGAGUAUCGCGACGCUCUGGGGCAGCUGGGGAGAGCAUCGCGACGCUCUGGGGCGUCCGGGGAGAGCAUCGCGACGCUCUGGGGCGUCCGGGGAGAGCAUCUCGAUGCUCUAGGGCGUCCGGGGAGAGCAUCCCGACGCUCUGGGGCGUUCGGGGAGAGCAUCGCGACGCUCUGGGGCAUCCGGGGAGAGCAUCGCGACGCUCUGGGGCGUCCGGGGAGAGCAUCGCGACGCUCUGGGGCAUGCGGGGAGAGCAUCGCAACGCUCUGGGGCGUCCGGGGAGAGCAUCGCGACGCUCUGGGGCGUCCGGGGAUAGCAUCGCGACGCUCUGGGGCGUCCGGGGAGAGCAUCGCGACGCUCCGGGGCGGUUGGGGAGAGCAUCGCGACGCUCUGGGGCGUCCGGGGAGAGCAUCCCGACGCUCUGAAGCGUCCGGGGAGAGCAUCGCGAUGCUCUGGGGCGUCCGCGGAGAGCAUCGCGACGCUCUGGGGCGUCCGGGGAGAGCAUCGCGAUGCUCCGGGGCGGCUGGGGAGAGUAUCGCAAUGCUCUGGGGCGUCCGGGAAGAACAUCGCGACGCUCUGGGGCGUCUGGGGAGAGCAUCGCGACGCUCUGGGGCGUCCGAGGAGAGCAUCGCGACGCUCUGGGGCGUCCGCGGAGAGAAUCGCGACGCUCUGGGGCGUCCGGGGAGAGCAUCGCGACGCUCUGGGGCGUCCGGGGAGAGCAUCGCGACGCUUUGGGGCGUCCGGGGAGAGCAUCGCGACGCUCUGGGGCGUCCGGGGAGAGCAUCGCAACGCUCUGGGGCGGUUGGGGAGAGCAUCGCGAUGCUCCGGGGCGGCUGGGGAGAGCAUCGCGAUGCUCUGGGGCGUCCGGGGAGAGCAUCGCUACGCUGUGGGGCGUCCGGGGAGAGCAUCGCGACGCUCUGGGGCGGCGUCAGAGGAGAGCAUCGCGUCGCUCUGGGCGGCGGGGAGAGCAUCGCCACGCUCUGGGGCGUCCGGGGAGAGCAUCACGACGCUCUGGGGCGUCCGGGGAGAGCAUCGCGAUGCUCUGGGGCGUCCGUGGAGAGCAUCGCGACGCUCUGGGGCGUCCAGGGAGAGCAUCGCGAUGCUCCGGGGCGGCUGGGGAGAGCAUUGGAUGCUCUGGGGCGUCCGGGGAGAGCAUCGCAACGCUCUGGGGCGUCCGGGGACAGCAUCGCGACGCUCUGGGGCGUCCGGGGAGACAUCGCGACGCUCUGGGGCAUGCGGGGAGAGCAUCGCGACGCUCUGGGGCGUCCGGGGAGAGCAUCGCGACGCUCUGGGGCGUCUGGGGAGAGCAUCGCGACGCUCUGGGGCGUCCGGGGAGAGCAUCGCGACGCUCCGGGGCGGGCGUCAGAGGAGAGCAUCGCGUCGCUCUGGGCGGCGGGGAGAGCAUCGCCACGCUCUGGGGCGUCCGGGGAGAGCAUCACGACGCUCUGGGGCGUCCGGGGAGAGCAUCGCGAUGCUCUGGGGCGUCCGGGGAGAGCAUCGCGAAGCUCUGGGGCGUCCAGGGAGAGCAUCGCGAUGCUUCGGGGCGGCUGGGGAGAGCAUUGGAUGCUCUGGGGCGUCCGGGGAGAGCAUCGCAACGCUCUGGGGCGUCCGGGGACAGCAUCGCGACGCUCUGGGGCGUCCGGGGAGACAUCGCGACGCUCUGGGGCGUCCGGGGAGAGCAUUGCGACGCCCUGGGGCGUCCGGGGAGAGCAUCGCGACGCUCUGGGGCAGCUGGGGAGAGCAUCGCGACGCUCUGGGGCGUCCGGGGAGAGCAUCACGACGCUCUGGGGCGUUCGGGGAGAGCAUCGUGAUGCUCUGGGGCGUCCGGGGAGAGCAUCACGACGCUCUGGGGCGUCCGGGGAGAGCAUCGCGAUGCUCCAGGGCGGCUGGGAAGAGCAUUGGAUGCUCUGGGGCGUCCAGGGAGAGCAUCGCGACGCUCUGGGGCGUCCGGGGAGAGCAUCGCGACGCUCUGGGGCGUCCAGGGAGAGCAUCACUGCUCUCUGGGUCGUCCGGGGAGAGCAUCGCGACGCUCUAGGGCGUCCGGGGAGAGCAUCGACGCUCUAG